AUGCCGGAUGAAUGGCCUCAAUUCCGGACCAACACCCGCUACAGCGAACAAUCGAAUCUCAACACCCUUCAAACAUGUAUACCACGACCUACCUCCUCCAACGACCACUCCCGCCUCUGGAUCGUCUACAUCCACGGCGGCGCCUGGUCUGACCCACUGCAAUCCGCCUCCACCUUCGACACCGCGCAAUCCCUCCUCCUCGCCUCCCCAACCGUCUCCCACAUCGCAGGUUUCGCCUCCAUCAACUACCGUCUCUCGCCCGCUCCUUCCCACCGGACAGAUCCAUCCAACCCCGCGGACCCAGCCAGAAACGCCCGCCAUCCGGACCAUGUGAACGAUGUGCUCAAAGCGAUUCUGCAUCUCCAAGAAACGUAUCGCUUCGCCGAACGAUACGUGCUGGUCGGCCACUCGUGCGGCGCGUGUCUGGCGCUGCAGGUCGCGAUGAAGCGGUAUUGGGGCCAGCAGUACGCGCCCACGGCAGGACUGGAAAUGAACGUCGUGCCGCCGGUCGCGGUGCUGGGGAUCGAAGGACUGUACGAUCUCCCCGCGUUGGUGAAGUUCCACGCCGCGCAGCCGUUUUACCGUGGAUUUGUGGAGAGGGCGUUUGGAGAGGGAGAGAGGGCGUGGGCGGCGGCGAGUCCGGCGCAUGCGGAUUUGAGAAAGUCGUGGGAGGAAGGGAAGUUGGUGGUUAUCGCGCAUUCGAGGGAGGAUGAGUUGGUGGAGUGGGAGCAGCCGGAGUUGAUGCUGAGGUCGUUGGAGGAGCAGGGGUUUCGUGGGACGGGAUCGCCGAGGGUGAGGUUGUUGGAGUUGAGGGGGAAGCAUGAUCAGGUUUGGGAGGAGGGGAGGGAGGUCGCGAGGGCGAUUGAGUUUACGGUUGAUGAGUUGUUGGGGAUGAUGUGA